AUGCGGGUGAAGCCCUGCGCGCGCACAGAUCAGCGCUACGAGCGCAAGUACCUCGAGCUCCUGGAGCGCCUGACGCGAUCGUUCAACGUGAAGCAACUGCAGCACUUUGCGGAGGAGUGCUAUGGGCUGGACGGGCGUGUGAAGGGGAAGAGUAGGCGGAAUAAGGCGGAGUGGGCCGCUCUCAUUAUGGAGGGGAAGUGGGGGUGGCCGUCAUUGGGGGAGGUGCAGAAGGAGCGCAGAGAUUGGUCGGAGGUCGUGACAGAAUCAUACCCUCUCGACGCGCGUGAGGCCUUCCUAUUGCUGGGACCCAAUGGGUCCAACCUCAAGAGUCUCUCCGUCCGACAUAAAGUGCACCUGUCCUUUUCGUCACGACCUCUCUCCGUCAAGGCCGAGGGCUUCCGCGGCUCUAUUGCACACCUUCGCGAGGCGAUCAAGCAUUUCCGCCAUGGAAUCCUAGAGGAUACCUUCGAGCUACCAGUCAAUGAACCCAUCAGUGAUGAUCUCUUGCAUCGCAUCUCCAGACGCGUCGGCGCAUACCUCCAGAACGAGCGCCCAGGCGUAGUACGCAUAUCCUACCGCAAGGGCCACGAAGCCGCAUUCGCUCAGGCGCAACGCCUCGUCGCGCGCAGUCUUUGCGAAACCGACACCACUCUCCACACCCCCGUCCUGGCCUACGCCCCCGCCGAUAUCAACAGCCUCAAGCCGCUGACCAUGUUCCCGCAAGCCUACUCCCUCUACCCCUUCCUCUCCCCGCGCUCCAUUCCCUGGACGCUCAACGUCUCCGGCGCGUUCCGCGUGCGGAAGGUGGGAGACUGGCUGCGUGUGCAUGGAGCGGAGGAGGUAGAGCGCACGGGGGGCUUGAGCGGGAGGCAGGGGAGGAAUAUUGGGCUGGAUGGGUGA